AUGGAUGGAACUUUCCGGGUGGUUCCGAGGCUGUUUCUCCAAUUAUACUCCAUUCACGCCUUUUACAAGGGACAGAUGCAAGCCUUGGUCUAUUUCUUACUCCCGGACAAGUCCAAGGCUACCUACAACCGAGUCUUCGCCAUGCUCAAAGAGUAUGCCCUCUCUGUGGGGAAAGUUUUCCAACCCACAACGGUGCAAUUGGACUUCGAAGUGGUUUGCCUCAACGCCAUCCAAGAGAGUUUCCCCGGAGCAGGAGUGAAAGGCUGUAACUUUCACUUCUGUCAGGCUUUGUGGAGGAAAGCACAGGAGCUCGGUUUACAGCCUUACUAUGGGGAUCGAGCUGUGAACAGAUUCCUCAAAUGCGUGGCAGCCCUCAGUUUGGUGCCUCUGGAGGAGAUCGAUGAAGCUUGGCUGCAGAUAGACAGCGACUCUCCGAGUGCAGACCAUCCAGCCUUCCGAGCUCUCGAUCGCUUCAAAACGUACUUCAUAAGCACGUGGUUGGAGAACGAGUCGGUUUUCCCGCGUGUUCUCUGGAACCAUUACAGGAACUUCGGAGCGCGUACAACAAACCAUAUCGAGGGUUGGCAUCACGCCCUCAAUGGUCGCGUCGGGAAACGACACGUUAACCUCUUCGAGAUCGUGUCGCACCUUCAGAAAGAGAGCACGGCAAUAAAGCUCAACGCUUGCUACUCGAUAUGGGCAGAGCUCCGAAGCCUGUUCGGAAGAAGUAUCGAGUUCUGA